GCUAGCAGGGCAGCCGGCGGCUCCGCAGUGCUGGGCGUGCAGGCCAGGCUGCCCGGAGCGCAGGAGGAGCGGCUCGGCCCGGGGCUGGCGCUGCCCGCUGCGGAGGCGAGGGGCCAGGCUGAGCCGGGGAACGACUCUCAGGGGCGAUCCCGGCUUUCUCCUGGCUCCCGGCUGGGGAGGAGCAUGGGGAGCCCAGCCCGGCGCUAGCAGGGAGACCGGCUGGCUGGCAGCGGGGACCAAGUCACCUGCCUCCCCUCCCCGCAGAGCUUGGCCCUGGCGCACCCCGCGCCGGAGCGCCCGGCCUCGGGCAUGGCCCUGGCGCGCCCCGCGCCGGAGCGCACCCGGAUCUCCGAGGUGGAAAUGGAGGGUUAUUACUGCCUGCUGCAAGCCGCCGCCCGCCUCCACUCCAGCGUCGCCGAAACCACAGUUCCCAUUUGUGCAAAGGACAUCAGUGACGAUCUGAGGAAAAAGUUUGCGUUUCUUUCUGGUGGCCGAGGGAAAGACAACGGUUGGAUCAUCACGUUUCCUGAAAACUCCCAUUUCCAUGAAACAUCAGAGGAGGUUCUAACGAAAGUCUUAACAUACUUAACUUCGGUCCCAAGUCAACAUGAAUCUGACACAAAAUUUAUCCUAAUCCUGGAUAGAAGAUUGGAUACAUGGACGUCUGUCAAAAUGACUCUCCAAAGGAUAGCAGAGUCCUUCCCGGGAAACCUGCAGUUAGUGAUGGUUCUACGUCCCACUGGGUUUUUCCAGCGCACUUUCACUGACAUUGGAUUUCGCUUCAGUCAGGAGGAUUUUCUACUCAAAUUACCGGUGGUGAUGCUGAGCUCGGUCAGUGAUUUGUUGAUGUAUAUUGAUGAGAAGCAGUUAACCCCGGAGUUCGGGGGCACCUUGGAGUACCGUCAUAGCGAAUGGGUUAUCUUCAGAACUGCUAUCGAGAGUUUUGCACUAACAGUGAAGGAAAUUGCGCAGAUGUUACAAUCUUUCGGCACGGAGCUGGCAGAAACAGAGCUACCAGAUGACAUGUAUUCAAUUGAACGCAUCCUGGCUUUGCGCACAGAAAAGUAUUGUCAGCUCAAGGGAGAUAUUACAAUAGUAACAAAAGAAGGAAACGUGCUGUUAAGUAGUUUAGAAGAGCCCGAUGCCAACGAACGUAGUCAGAAACAACACCGCGACAGACCUGGAGACUGGGAAACUGUGAAUCGGUUACUUGCUCAGUUGCAUGAGAUGGAAACUGCUUUUGAUGGCUUCUGGGAAAAACAUCAACUAAAAAUGGAGCAGUAUUUACAACUGUGGAAGUUUGAGCAAAGUUUUCAAGAGCUCCAGAGUGCCAUUGAAUUUUUAAUGGGCCAGCAAGCAGAACUGCCUGACACUGGAGAUAGUGUGGCUGAAGUGAAACAAAGGCUCAAAGACUUGGGUAAUUUAGAUGGAAUGGCUCAGGACCUGGCAGGAAAAGCACAGGUGGUGAUAUUACAUGGGCACCAGCUAGCAGCAAAUCAUCAUUACGCGCUCAGCUUAAUCUGUCAGCAGUGCAAUGAGCUGCGGCACCAUUCUGACGUCCUGUCGGAGGAGAUCAAGAGGAAGCACGUACGACUCCGGAUGACCUUAGAUCUGCACACCCGCCUGCAGCAGGCCCUCGAGUGCUGUGAUGAAGGGGCUAAUCUUCUCGCUAAUCAGCCAAUGGAUAGAUGCCAAUCUAAAGAAGGUGCUGAGAAAGCUCUUCAGGAUAUAGACAAAUUUCUUGAAAGUUCUUUGCCGUACUUCAGCGAUGAUCCCCAAGUCCUGUGCUAUGACUUUGAAUCUGUUUUAACUCCUGAAAUAAAGGGCCAGAUACAGUCAGUCCAGAUCAAGCUUGAAAACGUUCGAAGUAUGUUUGAGAAUCGGCAAACUUGCUUCAAAAAGCUUGUGGAUAAACAAGUGCGGCCUGUUCAAUUAGUAGCCCCUCGACCAGAAAACCCACCAAGAUCGAAAUCUCCUUUAUUCUCUCCCAAACACGGCAUGGAUUUUAAUUCCAGUUUAAAGUUUUCAUUUGACAUCUCUCUCCCUGGGAAGAAAACGUCAAGAAAAUCUCACAAUGCUCGUAAGAUUGAAGUAAUGCAUGACUAUCAAGAAAAAAGGAAUUCCUUGCAGUCUUUUAUUUCAGAAAGUGAAGACAACUUAGAUAUACUAAAAGGCCAUGUCAUAAAUGAGCUAAUAGAAACAGAGAGAGUGUACGUAGAGGAACUGUUCACUGUUUUGAUGGGCUACAGGGCUGAAAUGGAUAAUCCAGCGAUGGUCAUUCUCAUGCCGCCUGCCCUGAGAAACAGAGAGGAUGUUCUCUUUGGGAAUAUGCCAGAGAUAUAUGACUUCCAUAACAAAAUUUUCCUACACAAUCUGGAAAGCUGUGUUGGAGCACCAGAGCGAGUGGGGCUUUGUUUCCUGGAAAGGCGAGAAGAUUUUCAGAUGUAUGAGAAAUAUUGUCAGAACAAACCUCGGUCAGAAUCUCUGUGGAGGCAGUGUUCAGAAAGCACCUUCUUUCAGGAAUGCCAAAGAAAAUUAGAACACAGACUUGGGCUGGAUUCCUAUUUGCUCAAACCAGUACAACGUUUGACAAAAUACCAGUUGCUUUUGAAGGAGUUGCUAAAAUACAGCACAAGCUGUGAUGGAGUUAAAGAGUUGCAAGAAGCUCUGGUUGCAAUGUUGGAUUUACUAAAAUCAGUCAAUGACUCUAUGCAUCAAAUUUCAAUAACAGGAUAUGAUGGGGACUUGAGUGAACUUGGAAAAGUAUUGAUGCAAGGAUCGUUCAGUGUUUGGGCAGGACACCGGAAAGGCCCUACAAAAAUGAAGGAUCUUGCCAGGUUCAAACCAAUGCAGAGGCACCUCUUCCUGUAUGACAAAGCCCUGGUGUUUUGUAAGAAGAGAGAGGAGCAUGGAGAUGGAUAUGAUAAAACCUCUUCAUACAGUUUUAAGCAUUUUUUGAAAAUGAAUGCAGUUGGAAUCACUGAAAAUGUGAAGGGGGAUCAUCGAAAAUUUGAGAUCUGGUACAGCGGACGAGAAGAGGUGUACGUUGUUCAGGCCCCAACAGUAGAUGUGAAGAUGGCGUGGUUAAGUGAAAUGAGAAAAAUUUUGUUCAAGCAGCAGGAGCUUAUAAAAGUUGAGAAGAAACCAUCCGGUGUGUUUACAGACCAGAUCCAACUUUCCCCGCAGCUGAGUGAUGGAAAGCAGCAUAGAGCCUCCAUAAGCUCAGAAGAAAAUGAUUCUGAACGCACCAGUCCUGUAAUGUUGGAUAGUAUCAGCUCAUCACCACAAAACAGGCCAAACCAAAGUUGGUCUAAAAUGUCACACUCUGUGGAAAUCUGUGAAGGGCUUGAGGACUGGUCCAGCAAUUACCUUUCUAAUUGCUCAGACACCGAAGAAGAAGAUGGGAGCCAGUUGUCUCCAGGAAAAUAUAAAGCCCUAGCAGACUGCAAGAAAAGAGGCUCGGAGGACCUGCUGGUUAAAAACGGGGAUGUAAUUCAACUUCUGCAGGAGGACGGGGAAGGGCAAUGGUUGGUGAAAAACCUGAACAGAAGAAAAGAAGGCUGGAUUCCUGUCAACAGUUUGCAGAUAGUAAUCGGCGACUGUAGGUUUCGGACUGCCAAAGUCGCAGAUGCUGCCCUGUGUAACACAAGAAAGUUUAGUUCCCCCUGAAUUAAAGGUGAACUAGUAGCAUCCUAUUUUUGAUGCUCCUUUGGAGACUUUGAACUAGGUGUUACAGAGAAACAGCACCGUAGCUGGAAUUACCCUGUACUAUUCAUCACAUUCACAGAAUUUCACAGCUUCAUCUGCGCGGACCGGGACUGCAGUUUGUCACAGUCUUAAAGGAAGACAUUCUUUGCAACUUCAUUCUCCCCUCUCCCCCCCCCGCAGAAAGCACAGUAUUUUAUUUUUGCCUGCUGUUUUUCCAUGACAUCCAUUAAGUUUCAUCAGAGAAGUAAAUCGACAGUGUCCUGACACUUCAUUUAGGUGCCUGAAAUUGAAUUUACAGGUUGAAAGCUUUACCUAUUUAUUUGUUGUGGUCGAUUGCAAAUGAAAGAGUUCAGUUUUAGUAAACCAAAAAAAUAAAAAAAGCCACCUUUUCUAGUGAAUUCAUCGUAUGGAAUGGGUUUAGAUCUAUUGCAGCUGUGUGAAUGUAAUGUACAGUAAGAUCAUCUUCUGGCUGGGUCAUAUGAUGAUGAUGAUGCAAUAAUGCUAAAGAAUUUCCUUUUGCACUAAAUAGCUGAUUCAAAGCCCAUUGUAGUCAGUAGAAAGACUCCUGUUGAUUUCAAUGGGCUGGGGAUCAGGCCCACGGACUGACAACUCAGGGUUGUCAAGAAUCACUUAGGCCUAAGGUCUGGUCUAUACUACCCGCCUGAAUCGGCGGGUAGAAAUCGACCUCUCGGGGAUCGAUUUAUUGCGUCCCGUCAGGACGCGACAAUCGAUCCCCGAAUCGGCGCUCUAACUCCACCAGCGGAGGUGGUAGUAAGCGCCGCCGACAGGAAGCCGCAGAAGUCGAUUUUGCCGCCGUCCUCACAACGGGGUAAGUCGGCUGCGAUACGUCAAAUUCAGCUACGCUAUUCACGUAGCUGAAUUUGCGUAUCUUAAAUCGACUCCCCCCUGUAGUGUAGAUGUACCCUUAGAGUUCCAGGGGUAACACCUGUAUCUAGCAAGUUUACAUGUAAUGUAUUGUCCUUCUGGAACACGUGCCAUAACUAUAAGUUACAUGUCCACAUUUGCACUACAGAUGUUCUUCUUCUAAGACUGUACUUGUCAGCAUCUUUAUUGAGAACUUACCUUGUGAAUUUUUGGAAAAAAAAAAAAGAAUAUUACAAUGUUUCAUAAUUUAUUUUGUCUGUCUAGUUUUCUUUUUGUAAUACGUAUGUACAGGUGGUUUGACUUUUAAACAGGGCUGUAUAAAGAUAAUUCUGAUUGCAUUGAAAACAGGGUUAGUGGUAUGCAUGCAAUAUCGAAUUUACACACUCUCAUUGGAUUGAAAUGUUUUAUACUGUGGAUUAAUGAGGGACCCUUUUGAUGUGAAUUUGAUUUGUGAACCAGGAAUUCUGAGUUGUAGUGUAAAGUUGUUGUAUAAAACAUCAUUUUUAUUUUCCAGUGACUGUUUUUGUACAAAGGAAUUGCUGAGAUACUGUAUGACUGUCAUUGGAAUUGUACGGUCCAUUUCAUAGCAUGGUAGUACACAGAACUGAUUCUGUUUGGCACAUCUCUGACAUAACAUUACUCAUCCAGCCUCAAAAAUAUGAAACUUGUACAGUAGAUCAGCUGCAUUUGAAUUAAGGAUCACUGCAAAUACUAGAGAUCCCAAUAUUGUCCAAUUACUGGCAUUCUUAAUGAACAGAUUUGAAAUCAUCCAAAUGCAUUUCUACCUAUUUUAAAUAGGAUCACAGAGCACUUGUUAAGAGUAAAAAUAAGAUUCUGUUCAAUUACUAUUGGGGCUACUUAUAGUAGUAACAAUUCUUGUGGUAAAAAGUACACAUUUUUGAGGUACAAGUCUAAAUAGCAAUGUCUCAAUCAUAGCAUACAUUGCAUAUUAAAAUGGUUUGAAUUUUCUCUGUCUUCUAUAGUCUUGAAUCUAAGCUUUGACUAGUUUAUUAGACUGAUUAGUUCUGCAAAUCUGACUGUACAAUCUUAGACUUUUCACAUUUGGACCUUUGCACAAUAAAUGUUACGUUACCUUAAGUAUCUGGUUUAAUGAGGGUGUUCAUAUAUAUGGUACUAUCCAGCAGAGGGUUUUCUCUGUCUGCAAAUUUAAAUGAGCUACAUUGUAUAUGUACUUGUAAAAAUGUGUUAAAUCUAUAUUUAAAAAAAUUUAAACAUUGUUAAAUAAAUUCAUAUGAGAACAUUUAAUUCUG